AUGCCACAAAAAAAAACAAAGAAAAUUGUUGAUGAAUCGAUGUGGGUUGUGUUAUACGAUGAAAAGAAUUCAUCUCAUCAUAUCGUAGCACGUGAUAAAUUAACAUUUGCUAAAAAAGACAACUUACGUAUCGGUACACCUGCUUCAUAUAAUGGUGAUGGAGAUCGUGCAAAUCGCGUCCGAGGAAAAGUAAUUGUAGUUGCGACAAAGGAAUUAUGUGAGAAUAGUAUCAAAAUGAUCGAAGAGACAAACAACAACAACGAUGACAACAAUGAACAAGAUGAAUCUGAUGAAUCUGAUGAAUCAGAUCAGUUCCAUAUUGAUGAAAAAGAUGAAAAUGAUAUUGAUGAACGGUUAUUAGAAGAAGAAGAUUUACCAACAACUUCUGGUACUGAUGAUAGAAUUUUAAUAGAUAUAACUAAUAUUCCUGUUGAAAUUAAUAAACGAAAAGAACCAAAUGAACAAUCAACAUCAUCUACCAAGAGAGUCAAACGUGCUAGUACAGUAUCUCAUUCAUCGUAUGAAAAAGUACAAAGAGAAAAUAAUCGAUUGAAUAAAGACCUAACUAUGUAUAAGAAUACCUGGAUGCCGCGACCAUCAGGUGCUGUGGCAGCCUAUUUCAUUGAAAUAGCCAGAAUAUUAUCUGGUACAUCAAACGAUAAUGAUGAUAAUGAAGAAGAAAAAGGAGAAAAACUCGAGAAAAUUUGUACUACAUUAGAUCGAAAUGAAUCUGAACUUAAACUAUGUGAACAUGAUAUGAAUAUUACUAAAACUUGUAGACAGCUUAUUAAAUGUCUCUAUCCAGAUACUAAACAACGUGCAAAAAUGCUUGUGUCAUCAAUGGAUGUUGACAAAUUGCAAGCAAUUCAUGAUUACGCCAGGAUUGUUCAUCCUGCACAAUCGAAAACAUCAAAUUCUGUAUUAAAUAACGCUAUAGGCAAUGUUUUCGCUAGUGAGAAACGUAAACAAGAACGACAUGAUAUGGAAAUUUUCAGAUUAAAUAAUUAUUCUGAAGAUGAUGAAGAUAAUGAACAAUAA